GUGUGUGUGGGGCGGGAGUGCUUUUAGCUGGACGAACAAUGUGGAUUUGAUUGGUGCCAACAGUGUAGGGUUCAAACCCUGUUCUGACCAAGGUGGAUUCGGGACCUGCCUCCUUGCCCAUUGUGGCUCUAUGGAUCACACCUGCCUUCGGGCAGAGCACUCAAGAAGAAAGCACUCACUUGCUGUAAAGAGCACAUAAGGAAGAGUGAUUGUGAACUGGGACAUUGUGUUGGAGGGGGAUAAUGUUUUUCCAAACUUAUCAUUGUCGAGAAGCAGAUUGGAAGUACAGUUACUGUUACAGUAUCGUCCUGUGAUUUUCACAAUUAUAUAUAUUAUCAGUACAUUCCCCACAAGUAAUGAACAUGCACAAGUUUGACACGCCCAUAUUUCCCUUCUUCCAUCCGAAAUACUGUUGUGGCGAAUGAGUUACAUUUAUUUUGCCAGUUCAGAUCUCAAGCAUCAGACAAGAUCAUACAGAACGUCCCAUCGAGAGCAUGCCCACCCAGGGAGAUUUGGCAGCAGGGAAAUCCACAGCGAGUUUUAUGAACAAUUAAUCCGGAGUAAAGGGCAAAGCUGUAAACAACAAUCACUCACAUCCCGCCUCCCAAUCAGCCGUACACAGGGAACAACCUCGAGAGCUUGGCAUAUUCUUCAGUUCCUCGUCAUUUACUCACAAGGACAUGUUAGAAUACAUUCUGGGCUUCCUCUUAAUCUGGUUUCUAUGCUGGUGGAUGCGAGACAAACUUAGAGUGGGAAAGGUCUCAGACAAGUAUGUAUUCAUCACUGGAUGCGAUACUGGCUUUGGAAAUCUGGCUGCAAAAAUCCUUGAUGUAGGUGGAUUUCGAGUACUUGCUGGGUGCCUGACUGAGGAAGGGGCUCAAAAUUUAAGGAAAGAGACGUCAAGCAGGUUGAAAACAAUCCCGUUGGAUAUUACAAAAUCAGAUAGCAUCGAGAAUGCAGCUGACCUGAUCAAGAUGGAGGUGGGAAAGAGGGGUCUAUGGGGAUUGAUAAACAAUGCUGGAAUAGCUGGAAUACUCUGUCCCACAGACUGGUUACAAAUUGAACAUUUCAGAAGACCUAUUGAAGUUAAUUUAUUAGGACCAAUUGAAAUGACAUUAAAAUUGCUACCUUUGAUUAAAAAAGCCAGGGGAAGAAUAGUGAAUGUAAGCAGUGUGCUUGGUCGAUUAUCUCUGACUGGCGGAGGAUAUUUCCCAUCGAAAUUUGGGAUGGAAGCUUUCAAUGAUAGCUUAAGGCGUGAUAUGAAGCACUUUGGAAUUAAAGUUUCUUGUAUCGAACCUGGAAUUUUUGUAACCAAAUUGACUGAUUGCAGCUUACAGCAUCAUGAAAAGCAAGACAUCUGGAGCCACCUCCCGCCCGAUGUGAAAAAACAAUAUGGAGAAGAUUAUUUAAUACAAUCAGACACCAGACAGGAGAAAUUAGUGAAAAAGUUGUCAAGUACAGACCUUUCCCAGGUGGUGUGGUGUAUGGAGCACGCCCUGACAGCAAAGUAUCCUCGCACCCGGUACAGUGCAGGCUUUGAUGCAAAGCUGCUGUGGAUUCCCAUGACUUACUUGCCAACAUUUGCAACAGACUACCUCUUGGCUCAGGAUAUAGUAAUAGAUUCAAAUGCUGUAUAAAAGACUCUCACUCCAUCUUCUGCAUGAACAUCACUUCAAUGGAAGCACUAAGACUGGCAAGUAAAUGUAAAAAGAACAGAAGAAACUUCACACAUUUUGCAACAUCUUGCUGCAAUAAAGGAAGUGUUGGUUAUAUCAGUGCUGUCAAAUGUUUGGACUCCAUGUAGGAAUGAGGAAGGAGUUUGUUGCAGGAAAAAAUGAAGUACGUCUCCAUGUAAGUAAAAGUACUGGAUGGCUUAACAUUUGUAUUUUGUAAUGAAGAGGUGGGUAAGAAUGUUUUGCCCAAAUUUCCAAGCAAUUUCCUAAAUGCAAAAAGAUUGUUUCUUUAAUAGAAGUUGAAAGCCGAUAUCAGAAGAAUAAAAUAGUUUUAAAAUGGAAAUAUAAACUGAAACAGUAUGUGAAUUUUCAACUUCCAAUCAUGGCAGGAAUCAAAGGCAAAAACUUUUUCUUUUUCUUUUCCAUAUUAAAUAGAAAUUUUCCCAACUUCCCAAUUUUCUCCAGUUGGUGACUCCUGCAGCUCCACUUGAACUGUGCAAAUGUGCUGCUACUACACAACAAUUUAAUGUCAAUAUGUUGCAUCUUGGAUAGUAUUGGUGAACCAAGUGUAUGGUUUUGAUGGUUGUGUAAACAUCACAUGCUAGAAUUAAACUUGUACCAAAUUUAAUGCUUGUGCAUAGCAAGUUGAAGUUGUUAAAGCCAAAGCCGUCCUUCUUAUCUUCUGCAUCUGGUUUUAUCUGAUGCACAUCCUUUCAGCAACCUCAUUAUUCUGUUCAACUCUUAUGUUGUGUAUUUUACUCGCAUCCAGUCCACCAAUAAUACUGCACUCGUCCACCCCCAGGGGAAUUGCCCCCGAUUCCCAUAUCUCUUACCUCAACAUUGCUGAAAUGUUCAUUCACACCCUCAGCUAGUGAGAAUCACUUCUUCAGUAGUUUCCUCACUGCUUUGUCUAGCUGCAUUAGCUUUGCUUAAUAUAGAGCUCUUCAAUAAUGUUCUCUUUCUGCCUUAGCCCCUCAUAUCCAUCAUUCCUGUACCUGCAAAACUCUAAUGAGUAAAAUUCAGCUCAGACCUGGGCUUAAAACCCAUGUUGCAGAUCGAACAGCCAUUAUAGAAACCAUCUGAUUUUCAUUUGUCUAAGCCCACAAUGAUCACCAAUGUCCUACAUUUUGCUUUUCAUUCUUAAUGCAGUGUAAGAUUUAUAUUUAAUUCAACAAUUCAUUAUAACCUUUUACUUAAAAGGCUGAUUAAUGAAAACUUCAAGAAUCAUUUAGACUUAUAAAGUUACAAAUGCAAACAUUUUGGGAUCCUGGUUAGAAUGUGUGCUUAACUUUCCAAAAUUAAGUUAACAAUCAAUUCUAGUUCUUACUGUUCUGAAAUUGGCAGUGUUUGAUUUUGUAUUCCCAUUCAUGGAUGCAAUCAUUUUUGAGAUUAUGUUUGGAAUCUUACGAUAUGUUAAAUAAAAAAUAACCAUAUUA